AUGAAUUCAAGCUUUAGUGGUCCAAAACUUUUUACAUUUGUUCUCUCACGAGAACAUGGUUAUGCAGCUGGUGUUGCUUUAUCAUCAUGGGUUGUCUUACAAUAUAUGGGUGUUAAUGUAAUGAAAGCACGUAAACGAUUCAAUGUUGAUUAUCCAGCACUCUAUGCAAGUGAUUCACAUCCUCAAAGCAAAGCAUUUAAUUGUGUUCAACGUGGACAUCAAAAUACAUUGGAAAAUUAUCCACAAUUUCUCCUUAUGUUAGGUUUAGGUUCAAUUCAAUAUCCACUUAUUUCAUCCAUUGGUGGCGCUAUUUGGUUAAUUGGACGUUUAGUCUAUUUUCAAGGAUAUGCAAGUGGUCAACCAGAAAAACGUCAAUAUGGUGCAUUUCAAUAUAUUGGCAUGUUCGCAAUGAUGGGUUGUGCUAUCAAAACUGUCUAUGACCUUAUUCGUGCUUAA